ACCACCCCAAUGCCCAGCUCCUCUCACCACCACCCAAAGCAACAGGCAAGCUAGCACCUCCUCCUCUCGUCACUUGCAACUUAGUGCAGGGCAAAGCAGUAGUUUCUCCUUAGACAGCCUUAGAUCAAUGGCGACUUCCAUGGGUUGCCUGUUGGUGCUCUGCCUCGUGUCUCCCCUCCUCCUUGCCGGCGCCGUCCGCGGCAACCCGUGGUACGGCGGCGGCCUCUUCCCGCAGUUCUACGACCACUCCUGCCCCAAGGCCAAGGAGAUCGUGCAGUCCAUCGUGGCCCAGGCCGUGGCCAGAGAGACAAGGAUGGCGGCGUCCCUCGUCAGGCUGCAUUUCCAUGACUGCUUCGUCAAGGGGUGCGACGCGUCCGUGCUGCUGGACAACAGCACCACCAUUGUCAGUGAGAAGGACUCCAACCCCAACAAGAACUCUAUCAGAGGAUUCGAGGUCGUCGACCAGAUCAAGGCCGCCCUCGAGGCCGCCUGCCCUGGCACCGUCUCCUGCGCCGACAUCCUCGCCCUCGCCGCCCGCGACUCCACCAUCCUCGUUGGCGGCCCGUACUGGGACGUGCCGCUCGGCCGGAGGGACUCUCUGGGCGCCAGCAUCCAGGGCUCUAACAACGGUAUCCCGGCCCCCAACAACACCCUCCCCACCAUCAUCACCAAGUUCAAGCGCCUCGGCCUCAACGUCGUUGACGUCGUCGCCCUCUCCGGCGGCCACACCAUCGGCCUGUCCAGGUGCACCAGCUUCAGGCAGAGGCUGUACAACCAGUCCGGCAACGGCCUCGCCGACAACACGCUCGACGUCUCCUACGCGGCGCAGCUCAGGCAGGGGUGCCCGCGCUCCGGGGGCGACAACAACCUCUUCCCACUCGACGUCGUCACCUCCACCAAGUUCGACAACUACUACUUCAAGAACAUCCUCGCCGGCAGGGGCCUGCUCAGCUCCGACGAGGUCCUGCUCACCAAGAGCGCCGAGACGGCAGCGCUCGUCAAGGCCUACGCCGACGACGUGCACCUCUUCUUCCAGCACUUCGCGCAGUCCAUGGUGAACAUGGGGAACAUCAUGCCGCUCACCGGGUCAAAGGGGGAGAUCAGGAAGAACUGCAGGAGGCUCAACAACUUCCACUGAUCGGUUACUCACAAAUGCUAGCUGCUAUAUUUGUGUGCUCACUUAAUUUUACGUGGACCUUGUGUGUCGCUAUUUUUUUCCUUUUUCAAUAAACAAGUGUGAUUGUGCUUAAUCUGGAGCCUGAGGGAACUGAAGUACGUGGAGUAGUAGUAUAUAUUCAUGGGCAUGGAAGUUGGCUAUUCGUUUA